UAAAACGACGCUGUGCACCACCAGUCCACCAUUAAUCUCCGAAGAAGAAGAAGAAAUCAAUAACAUAAUGGAGGGAAAGGAAGAAGACGUAAGACUCGGGGCCAACAAGUUCACGGAGCGGCAGCCCAUCGGCACGGCGGCCCAGAGCCAAGACGACGGCGCCAAGGACUACAAGGAGCCACCGCCGGCGCCRCUCUUCGAGGCCGGGGAGCUCACCUCCUGGUCCUUCUACCGGGCCGGCAUCGCCGAGUUCAUCGCCACCUUCCUCUUCCUCUACGUCACCGUUUUGACCGUCAUGGGCGUCGUCCGCUCCAAAGAGGCCAAGGGCAACACCUGCUCCACCGUCGGCAUCCAGGGCAUCGCCUGGGCCUUCGGCGGCAUGAUCUUCGCCCUAGUCUACUGCACCGCCGGCAUCUCCGGCGGCCACAUCAACCCCGCCGUCACCUUCGGCCUCUUCCUCGCCAGGAAGCUCUCCCUGACCAGGGCCGUCUUUUACAUGGUCAUGCAGUGCCUCGGCGCCAUCGCCGGCGCCGGCGUCGUCAAGGGCUUCCAACCCAAGCCCUACGAGAGGCUCAACGGCGGAGCUAACUUCGUCGCCCCCGGCUACACUAAAGGCGACGGCCUCGGCGCCGAGAUCGUCGGCACCUUCAUCCUCGUUUACACCGUCUUCUCCGCUACCGAUGCCAAACGAAGCGCCAGAGACUCCCACGUUCCGAUUUUGGCUCCCCUACCAAUUGGGUUCGCCGUGUUCUUGGUUCACCUGGCCACAAUUCCGAUCACCGGCACCGGCAUCAACCCGGCCCGGAGCUUGGGCGCCGCCAUCAUCUUCAACAAGGACAAAGGCUGGGACGACCACUGGAUUUUCUGGGUCGGACCCUUCAUCGGCGCCGCGCUGGCCGCUCUGUACCACCAAGUCGUGAUCAGAGCCAUCCCCUUCAAGUCCAAGUGAGCGAAUAAAUCUCAGCCGUCCGAUGCUGGAUAUCAAAAAUUCCCAAUCUUCAAAUCCGGCCGUUUAUGCUUUUUCACUGUUGUAAUUUUAAUCAAACUGUAUCAUUAUUAUUACCAUCUCUCUCUUUUURAUUUUAAUUUUAAUUUCUAGUUUUGUUUUUGUCUUUGUGCGUGAAGCGAUGUUGUUAUCUGUAAUUAUAUGUGUGGCUGUGAAGCUAUGUGUGGUCAAAUUUAAAAAAAGAAAAAAAGAAAAAGGGAAAAAGGAAAAAAUAAUAAUAAUGAAACCCACUGGCCACUCUUCUCCCACCUGCUCUGUGCGACUUGUCGUUUUUUAAUGUCGUUGAAUUAUUGUAGGGUUUUGAAAUUUUUUGAAAUAUUAGGUGUCUGUGUCUGUGUCUGUGUCUGUCUGUGUGUCCCCACAUUUCAAUUUCUGCAAUGUUCUGUUCUUAUCCCAUCUGUUCAUGGAUAUUAAUUUAUAGGACUCUUCUAGUUGCGUUUUGA